UUAUGUUUACAAUCAAUCGAUUGUGCUUACCUCCCUCCAAAAGCACGCCGAUCGUCGUGGCAGCGCAGUUCUAACCCAGCUGUAACAGUCCGAUUAUUAGUGCAAGAUCGACCGAAGCGAUUGCACCUGAAGCGCCGUCGUCCGUCGUGCGAGUCGUGAGUGAAGUGAUGCUGCUGGUGUCGCGCAUACCAGAGAUAAAUUCCGUUGCAGCAAACCGACAAUCGCCAGAUUCUGCAUCGAUUCGGCUUUGAUUGCGACCUAUCGCGUAACGACGAACCGAAGCCGUGGGGCCAAUUUGAAUUCAGACAAUGUGCGUUCUAUUUUGCCCAGGUUGAUCGUGACUUCGCAGUCGAUAUCAACACAAACACAGCAGCAGCAGCGUCGUCGCAAGCGUGAAUUGCCAGCGAUAAGAUAAGAUACCACGUUCUGUUAUCAGCGACGAAAGGUUUUACCAGGUCCCGGUAUAAUGCAACUGGCAAGCUCGGGUCGCUCAUUUCGGCAGUGGAUAUUACGAGCGGAACAACUACGCGGGAUUAAUUAGUGCACAUUUUGGGGUACAAAGUGAAUCACUGUGCAAAAUUGCAGAAUUAAACCUUAAUUGCCGUGCAAGUGUAAUUGCACGCUUCAGGCAAUUUAGUGACAAUUAAUUUUCCUGAGAAUCGAAGGUGAUGAUUGUGUAGAAGGAAUCAAGUGAAAUACGAUGAAGCUGUUUUCCAAAGUGAUAGUUUUUAUAGUUUGCCUCGGGCUGGUCUUGGCUGCGGAGGAUGACCAGAACAAAAAUAACACCUCGAACGCCACCGGCGAGGACGGCCAGCCAAAAGCCGAUGCACCGACUGAAGAGAAAGAGCUGCCCAAUGGACUUUGCUCUACGUGCAAUUGUGACGCCGCGAAAAAGCUCUUCGACUGCUCCUCAGCCAAGCUGUACAAGCUAUUCAACAUGACCGAGUGGCUAACACUUAAUGCCAGUGGUGUCGCAACGGAUACCAUGCUCCUGGAUCGCAACGGAAUCGCCUCCGUGCCGCAAUUCCCCCUGCUGGACGUGAAAAUAUUGGACCUCAGUCACAACAAUAUUUCAACGAUCGCCAAGAAAGCCUUCAUCGGUCUGAGCAACCUGGAAGUUUUGGAUCUGUCGUACAACAUGCUCACCUCCAACAACCUCAUCCCGGAGAUCUUCGAGGGUAGUUACAACCCAGACGAGUAUCUGCCGCUGGAGAAGCUCCGCGUACUGCGGCUUGGUAACAAUCAGCUGCACUCGUUGGAUCAGGACCUGUUCGAGCACAUGCCCAACCUGGAGGAGCUCAGCUUAGUAUCCAACGUGUUCAAAGUGAUCGACCGACUGUCGGAGACGGCAAUCGCCAGCGUGAAAACGUUACGCUCACUCGAUCUAAGCUAUAUGGAGCUGUUGAGCAUACCGGAGUAUAUUUUCAAUGCACCUCAAGGAUUGGAGUAUCUAAAUUUGACUGGGAAUCUACUGACGACGAUUCCGGAGGCAUUGAUUUACGCGACACACCUAAAGUGGCUUAGUCUGGAUGAGAAUCCGAUCGAUAAUAUUCAGGGUGAUCAUGUAUUCCCAACGUUAAAAUCCUUGGAGUACUUGAGUCUAUCCUACAUAACACCAUUGAAGAUGAUUGGACGUGGGGCAUUCAGUAACUUGGAAGGUCUUAAGGAGGUUCACAUCUGCAACAAUCCGGAAUUCUCGUUCUUCCAUGCGGAUGCUUUCGUGCGCAGCGAUCCGGAUGAACCGACCCGUAAAAUUUGGCCUCUAGUCAAGAAACUUUACCUGCACAACAACAACCUGAGCACUCUGGACGCGCAGACACUUGCCCGAUGGGAUAACAUGGACGUAAUUGACAUGCGUGUGAAUCCGUGGAACUGCGACUGCCAAAAUCAAUGGCUCGUGGAAACUCUACUGCCCCAGAUCGAGAAGACAACACCGGAGAUCAUGAACAACGUUGUUUGCGCUACACCAAAACAGAUGGCCGGAGUGUCGAUGGUCGAUCUGGAGCACAAGCACAGCCAGAUGCGAUGCGUGGACAAGUACGGUAACAAUCCCCAGAACGACGGGGCUCUGCUAAUCGGUCUGUUGAUCGGCUUGCUAGCCGGAAUCCCACUGACAGCAGCGCUAAUCAUGAUCUACAAACGGGGCUGCUUCGGGCUGGUGCGACGCGGUCCGGCUGACUUUUCGCGGGCUUUCUACAGUCGGGCGACGAAUGACGACUAUUGAACACAGCCCGUUACUUAAGCUAGAUGACAGUUUUUCCUUACCUACGACAACGUGGACGAUUUUUAUUCUUGUUAGUGAAGUAGCCUGUUUUAGCCAGUAAGAAAGACGUGACUUAAUAAACAUAGUUCCGGAGAGUUUAUCUCCUCCUCCA